GUAGUACCAAUUUGGCGUUGUUUGCCAUUAUGAGGAGGUGCCAGCCACCACUUUGUCCCUUUUGAACUGUAACACUCAUAUGACCAUGUUUGCCAUUAUGAACAAGCAUCUAGAAUUCGAAACGGGGCAAAAGGAAAUGGCUCUGAUUACGCUGCCUCCCAUGUGACAUUCAUCAUUCAUGCAUUUGGAUGGUGCUAGUCAUUGAGACAUUCCACUCUUCAGUCCCGGGCUUCUUUUCUAGAUAAGGUAGGUAUGUUUUUCAAUGCUUAUAAGACCUUGACCCACACCUACUUUUAGGCCAUUUACAUUCAAUUUUGGGCUUUGGAAUUCCCAGCAUAUAGUUUGGUCCUUUACUGUUGUUCCAAAUAUUCGACAAGCCCCACAGAUCCUUUUUUUUGUCCCCAAAUAUUUGUUAGGCGGACCCAUUUCCCUCUACGCCCACCUCAUAUUCUUGCAAGAAAUGCGCACUAAAGCGUAAAUUAAUGGAGUCAGUUAGGAACUUAGGACUACAAAAUAGCUUGGAUCAUCUGUCAUCAUAGGUUUUGACCCAUUCUUCGGGCUGGCACAUAAGCCACUCCUGCCUAUGCGUCACUGCCAGACGAACCGCGGGCCCAUGUUUCGGUCAAGCCUGAUCAGUUUUCCCGGUCUGGACUCUGGACCAUGUUGGUCAAGCACUUAAACCCUUUGAACUUAUACAAGAUGCUAACAAUGUGGCUGCUUGCCUCAAAAUCCACUGGCAAGUGGUUGGCGGACAAUAGGCAUGAUACCGUGAUUAAUUAAUUACUCGAAUAUUUUUUCAUACUCCCUGCCUCAUCCGGGCUUUGAAGCAGUGCACAACUUGCAUGUCCAAUAGUUUGACCAGCCGGGUUCGGAGGGCCGGUCUAGUCUAGGAUUAAUAAAACCGACGACCCCUUAGAUCUCUCCCUCCAGUAGACUAGUAUCACGGGCCGCCCUAGUUUAGAUUAAAUUAUUAUUAUUAUCCUUGAAAUGGAGCAUCUGGAAUUUUGGACAUAUAAACCAGGUCAAGGCUCAAGUUAAAGAAUUAUUGAUGUUAAUUUCCGCCUAGAGAGUCUAAAAGAUAAGACUUAACGAAAAACCAAAUAGUCUUUAAUGAAGGUAUUUAAACUAGGGCAGGCCAAAAAUCAUUGUUGUAUCAUUGAAUUUGGCCCUAAGCAAAGGUUUAAAAAUUCCAUUAUUUGCGUGACAGAGCAUACUAAAACAAAUUUAGGGUCCAUGAGACGUGCCAUUUAGUCGACCGAAUCCAGAAUCACCCUUUCUUUAAUCCGCACACGCUUAUUCCCCUAUUUUCACGCGGUUAUAUCCAUCAUCAACAUCAUUCUAAAGUGGUCAUGAUAUUCCACCAAUUAGUUACCAUGAAACAGAUUCUCAGCUCCUUCACAAUCAUUACUCUCAUUUCCCGGACAAACCAAUGACCAUGUAUCAGACUCUCCUAAGUUUGUUCAUUCUCAUUUCCUUAGCUUCAUGCAUCAAUGCUCAACAAGAAUAUUCAGGAAAUUCAGUACUCAACUGUGACAACAGCGAUGACUCCGGUCCUUCUUCGGCUUUCCUUUACACCUGCAAUGGCCUAUACUCCUCCUGCCAGGCCUUUCUCAUCUUCAAGUCUGAACCUCCUUAUAAUUCAGUUCCAACUAUUUCAAUGCUCAUGUCUUCAAACCCAGGGGAGCUUGCAGGAAUCAACAGUGUGAAAACGCUCACUGUCUUCCCCACUGGAAAAGAGGUGAUCGUUCCAGUGAAUUGCUCUUGCUUAGGUCAGUAUUAUCAAGCCAACACCACGUUUCAUAUCCAGGAUAACCAGCAAACAUACUUUAUUAUAGGGAACAACACAUACCAGGGAUUAUCUACAUGUGAUUCUCUUAUGCGGGCAAAUCGUUAUAGUGAAUUCAGCUUGUCACCUGGCCUUGAAUUGCAUGUACCACUUCGAUGCGCUUGUCCUACAGAGCAUCAAGCAGAAAAUGGAACGAAGUAUCUACUGACUUACUCGGUUAGCUGGGAGGAUAACUUUCCGACCAUUGGUGAAAGGUUCAAUGUCAGUGCAAAGAGUAUAGCGGAUGCAAAUGGGUUAAUCUCAGAAGAAAACCCAACAAUUUUUCCUUUCACAACAAUUCUGAUUCCCCUGAAAACUGAACCCUUGAGCUCACAGACCAAAACUCACGCUACUCAACCAGUACUCGAUCCACCUCCGCCCACUUCUGAUUCUGGGAGCAGUAUAUCCAAGAGAAGAAUCUACUUGGGUGCUGGAAUUGCUGCAGGUUGUUUUUUGCUGGGCCUCAGUGUCAUUUUGUCCAUUGUCUUCCUAUUUUACAAGAAGAGAUCAAAGAAGGUUCCUCCAGUUCAUGGAAAAACAAAAAGUGUAUUGCCAGAAGAUCUCCUUGUUGAAAUCGCUAGUGUUGAUCCAGUCCCGAAAGUGUUUGAAUUCAAGAAAUUAAAGAAGGCCACUGGGAAUUUCAGUUCCAAGAGUAGGAUAAAAGGUUGUGUCUUUCGUGCAGAGCUGGGCAGGGAAAUCGUAGCAGUGAAAAAAAUGAAAGUGGAUGUAUCGGAGGAAGUGAACAUUCUGAACAAGCUCAACCACUUCAAUUUGAUAAAGCUGCAUGGUGUCUGCAAGAAUGGCAGCUGUUUCUACCUUGUAUUCGAGUACAUGGAAAAUGGUUCUUUAAGAGAAUGGCUUCACGAAGAAAGCUCCAACCAUAGUCAGAGCUGGAGCAAGAGGAUCCAGAUUGCCCUAGAUGUUGCUAAUGGCCUUCACUAUAUUCAUAACUUCACCAAGCCUGCCUAUGUGCAUAAGCACAUCAAGAGUAGCAACAUUCUAUUAACCAAAAAUCUGAGAGCCAAGAUUGCGAAUUUCAGCCUCGCAAGGACAGCAGUGAAGGGAGCAAAGACCCAUGCCCUGAAUAUGCUUGUUGUUGGCACUAGAGGCUAUAUGGCACCUGAGUACAUAGAGGCAGGGUCAAUAACUCCCAAGGUUGAUGUCUAUGCUUUCGGAGUGGUGAUGUUGGAGCUGAUUACUGGAAAAGAUGCCGUUAUAAUACAGGAUGAAGAGGAAGUACUGCUUUCAGAAGCCAUGAUUUCCAUCAUGGAGAGAGGAAAUGCAGAGAUCGAGCUUGGUCACUUUCUUGAUCCUUGUCUCCUAGGAAAUAAUGGGAUUGAAUCUGCCACGAGGAUUGCAAAACUAAGCAUAGCCUGCUUGGCAAAAGAUCAAGCAAGAAGACCAAGCAUGGGUGAGGUAGUGUCAACCCUGUUGAAGAUUCAAGUGGACCUACAGAAGUCAGAAAUGCAGUUUGACAAGUUUGCUUAGAUUAUGAUUAUGGGGGUGUUAAGCCUGUUAGGAGUGAUUCCAUGUAAUAAUAUUUUGUAUAUAUAUCAUGAUUAUGGGGGUGUCAAGCCUGUUGGAGUGAUUCCAUGUAAUAAUAUUUUGUAUAUAUUAUUACAAAAUAACAGUCCAGCCUAAUAUUGAUAUG